AUGAAGCCGACAAAUGUUCUCUCCGGCCUGGUGGCCAUCGCUCUGGCCAGCGUAGCCAGCGCCAGCGCCAGCGCCAGCGACAACACAGCCGCCGCCGCCAUCUACAUCCAACCGGUGUCGCAAUCGCCAACCGCGCCCGCGCCACUGGCCCAAAUACAGUACAACGUCGCAGCCCCAAGCGAAGCCGAAGUCACGUCCUACGAAGCGCCCGAGCUGCCCGCCGACGCGAAGCUGGUGCGCAUCGGCGUCUACGACGCGGCGGCCAAGCGGUGGGCGUCGUCGACCUCGGUCGCGUCCGUCGAGAACUUCGGCAAGGGCUACUCGCCCACAGUACUCCUAUCGGUGAACCAGAGGGGCGACGUCGUCAGCGCGGCGCUGCGCGGCGUCCGCAUCGACGCGGGCCAGACGCGUGACUUCGGACCGCAGGCCGUGGUGCUCGUCUCGGAGCCGGGGAAGCAGCCCGAGCUGAAUCAGCCCGUCGUGCUGUCGCCCGAGGGCAAGAAGGUCGAGCCCGGCGAGGAGAAGUCGAUGCUGCAGAAGUAUUGGUGGGUCAUUGGUAUCGUCGUCCUGCUUUCGUUGACGGGAGGUGGUGGUGGUGAGGGCAAAUGA